GAGUUUGUCAAGCUGUGUCCUGCAGCUUCAAACCUCUGCUUGAGACAUGCCUGUGUCUUUUUCUAAUCGUCCAACCUCAAAUUUUAAUGUAACAUUUCCUUCGGUUUCUAGCAAGAAGUCCAAAAGUGUCUUUCACAUAAACACAAAGUUGGAAUUUGAUAUCCGUCCACACAUUCGUCUCUCCUUCCUCCCCGCCCUCUCCCCCAGUUCACAAUCUAGGAUCUGCGAAGUCAGCAUCCACGCCUCGUCUUCGAGUCCUGCGUAUCCUUUGAGAGUCCAGUUGAUAUCAAUGUGCUCAACGCCAGUAUUAACAUCCUAGAAGUGGACCGCAUGGGUUGCCGGCAAGGUUAAAGCGCCGCUCAGGCCAGGCUCCUGUUGCCAAAAUGCUGUUGUUACUGGGGGGGAGGGAGAGGGGGGCAUGUCCGGCAGAAGGCCCGAACGGAGUCUCGGAUUGCGGAUUCUCUGCAGUCAGUUAUGCUGAGGCAGCCCAAACACGGCUGCCUCAGUGUAGAACGAGGCUGGCCGCGCCGAAGCGAAGAGGAAAGGCGAGCGCUGCAGUUCUGUACGGUAGUUUGGCUCCGAGUUAGACUCUCGAAGGCGCGUGGAAACAUUUAAAACAUUUAUAUCUUGAAUUUGAAUUCUGGGCGGCUCCCAACCAACAGUUUAAAAAUUAUAUAUAUAUAAUUUUUAUAUAACCACCUAAUAUAUCCCUUAAAGCCAGUUAUCUCAGGCCCGGAUACGCUUCCGUUUUCACGCUCCCAGACAUCGCUGCAAUUUUUUUUUUCUUUUUGGCUGAGCAGAUAUAUUUACCCGCAGCAGCCAUCACGCGUUGCAAACCGCCCAGGGAGAGGUUUCUGUUGCAAAAUACAUGCACAUCACACACAUAAGCGAUUACUUAUAAAGCUUACAAAGACAAAUCUUAUGCAUUACAUUAAAACACCCGAAAUAUCAUUUCAAAACAAGAGACACUAUUGAUAUAGCCCUGAAGAAGCCGGCUCUCAGGCAGCAAAAGAGCGGGGUCUUCAUUAUAAAAGGUGGGCCGGCGUUUCCCAGCGAGAGGGAACACUUCCGCGCCUCUGCCGCCCUCAAUUCCAGUGGAAGAGGACUCCGAGUAUCAUUUCCUAGGGUGAUGACACGGGGUGGGCGCCGUCUGCAGAAGUCGCAGUAAUGGUAGCGUAAUAUUAUUAGCCACAAGACCAUUUCCAAAUGAAACGCCUAACCCUAACGCGAAUCCUCUCCAAAUGUUUACGAGAAGCAUCAAGGGAAGAAAAAAAAGGACCACUUUGAAUCUGUGGCCGUCAGGCUCCUCUCAAGAGGCUCUGUUUCCGUGACGUCACCGCCCGCGGGAGCCAAUGGGGCCGCGAUGAAGAGGCGGCCGUCAGCAGAGGUCCUCCGCCCUCCAAUGUGAGAGAAAAGGAGUCAGCCGAGUAGCGGUGUUGAAGUGCAGCCGUUUGCAGCUCCUUCGGGUCGGUAGAAAGAGCCUCAGGCAAGACCACGGCCUGGUGGCGGCUUUUCCUCAGGCAUGGGAAACUUUGUGGCCCGAGAAGACUUUGAGUGGGUCUAUACCGACCAGCCGCACGCCGACCGCCGCAAGGAGAUUUUGAGUAAACAUCCAGAGAUAAAAACCUUGAUGAAACCGGACUACAAUGUAAUCUGGUUGGUUGUACUUAUGGUGUUUGCACAACUUGUUGCUCUUUGUCUAGUUAAAGAUUUGGACUGGAAAUGGGUUGUAUUUUGGGCAUAUGUAUUUGGCAGUUGUCUCAACCACUCCAUGACUUUGGCAAUUCAUGAGAUUGCUCACAACAGUGCCUUCGGCAAUUCUAGAUCUUCUUGGAAUCGAUGGUUUGGAAUGUUUGCCAAUCUCCCACUUGGUGUACCAUACUCCAUAUCGUUCAAGAGAUACCACAUGGAUCAUCAUCGUUAUCUUGGUGCAGAUGGAAUUGAUGUGGAUAUACCUACCGACUUUGAAGGAUGGUUUUUCUGUACCCGUUUUCGAAAAUUCAUGUGGAUUAUUCUCCAGCCACUUUUUUAUUCUGUUCGACCCCUCUGUAUUAACCCCAAGCCAAUAUCUCGUUUAGAAAUAAUUAAUUUAUCAAUUCAAUUUAUCUUUGAUGUUCUUGUAUACUAUUUCCUAGGAAUAAAAUCAUUGUUCUAUCUUCUGGCAGGAAUGAUACUGGGGCUGGGCUUGCAUCCUAUUUCAGGACAUUUCAUAGCCGAACAUUAUAUGUUUUUAAAGGGGUAUGAAACAUACUCAUAUUAUGGGCCACUAAAUAAGCUUACCUUCAAUGUUGGCUAUCACAACGAACAUCAUGAUUUCCCUAACAUUCCUGGAACAAGUCUUCCACUGCUAAAGAAAAUGGCUCCUGAAUACUAUGACCACUUACCACAAUAUAACUCUUGGAUUAAAGUGCUUUAUGACUUUGUGAUGGAUGACACUGUCAGCCCAUAUUCACGUAUGAAAAGACCUGUAAAAGGUGAUGAGAAACAAGAGUAACCUUUCAGACAAAAAGUAUCUUCACAAACUUCAGAGGCGUGUCUUCAUAGUGGCUGGAACAAGAUGUCGCUUGAUAAAUACUUGAUGGCUUGUUAUCUUGAGCAAGGCUAGAAUGUGGAUAUAUUGUUACAUUUUAAAACAGAUCUUUGAAAAAUUAAAAACAUUGAUAGAAUCAGAAUGUUCCUCUUUUUUCACUUUUUCUGGCAUAGUUCAGUGCAUAAUGUUAUUAAUAUAGUAACUUGAUUCUUUAAACUUAGUUGUUUAAAUUUAUACAAUUUCUUUCAAGUAUCUGCUGACUACAACUCCUCUGCAUACUCCUUAUUUUACUAACAAAGUGUAAUUAUUAAACUUAAUUUUGAUUUAUAUGGUAUAUUAAAAUGUCUAGCUUAAAUCUCUUCUAAAUACAUGUAUGCUAUUGAUUAGCAUAUGUAAUGCUAAUAUAGCAGAUAGACAGUAUUGCAUUAUUACUUUAAAAAAUACAAACUCUUUAAAAUACCAGUACUCUGACUUCAAAAUAAACAUGCUUCCAAAGAGCUGAAACAAUUGUAUUAAAUUUAAUUAAAAUCAGCAUCCAUCCAUCAGAAGCUUGUCUGUGUAAAACACUUUUUUCUUCUGUGAAAUAAAGUCAACAAUGUGAUAGCAUA